GUCUAUCUACGUGUUCAAAGCGGCUCUGCAAUUCUACAGGCAUCUAAAUUACUCACUGGUUCCGUAUCUGUUAAAUUCCCCCAUGUCCCAAGCUCUUGUGGUAGUAUAUCAAGAGACUGGUCUUCUCCAUAAUAAUACCUUCAAAAUUACCUUGGCAUCCAAAUCAUUCUUCCGGACUCUGUAUCAUAUAGCCUAUAUAAUGUCUUCCGAUCCGGUGUACACACAGCGAAGCACUGAGACACUCCUUGACAUAGCUACCGACGUCAUCCAGAUACUUGUCCAGGCCGAGCAAACACUUGGAGUCGCUGAAUCCCUAACCGCAGGUGGUGUGAUGGCGGCACUCACCUCUGUACCAGGCUCAAGUGCAGUAUUCCGGGGUGGAGUUGUAUCCUAUGCAACACCUCUCAAGCAGCAACUCCUGGGCGUGGAUCCAGACCUGAUCGCUACGAUGGGCGUAAUCAACCCCCUUGUCGCAACGCAAAUGGCCGAAGGCGCUCGCAAAGCCACAACUUGUGACAACAGCCCAACAGCGUGGGGAAUCGGGACAACGGGAGUCGCUGGUCCUGCAUCUCAGGAUGGAAAGCCUGUUGGCACGGUUUACAUCGGCAUUGCCUCGCCCACUGGCAACCGAGCUUGGGGUCCCUUCAACUUCCCCGGGAGUCGUGAGCGUAUCCGCGAAGCAACUGUUCUGGAGGCCUUGUCUCGACUACGUGAGGAGCUUGUUGCCUAUCGGAGUAAUGUGAGGAAAUAGAGGAGGAUUCGUGCGUUAUCUGCCGUUGCUUUCAUAUCCCAACAUGGGUACACCAAUUCAUAGUCGAUAGCGACUCCUAGUGUGCUGUUCCAUUUCCUGAAUAUUUACUAGGGAGGAAUAUGGAGAGGGGUAGUAUAUAUUACUAGUGGAGGUCGAGUCGAUACUAGGCUUCAGUCAAUGCUAGACUACAGUUGGCCUCUAUGAAUAUACCAUUAUGUUAACGC